AUGAGACUCAGGGAUCCGGUAAGCUGGAACGCGAAUCAAGAGGGUUUAUCUGCACCUGGCGGGCUGGCUGCCGAGCCAAGUGAUCCGAGCCGCAUGGGUGCUUGGAUGCGGGAUCAUACAGGGAAAAUAACAGGAGAUGCGCCGAACGGCUCCGGUGUGACGAUCGCUAUAUCAGAUAUGUCGCGUGGGUUUGAGGAAGUGAAAGAAUCCAAGGAUGGCGCUCUGCGCUCGGAUGUGCACCUAGGGACGGACGGCAAAGACCUGCCGUGCUUUGGUCUAUUGAAGAAUGGAGUCUGGUACAACAACGGUCAGCCCGGCUUGUCCGUCGAGCGAUCUCAAGUCGAGCAUUCUAGGCCCGUACGUGUCUCAGUGCCACCGUUGUCGGAAACAACCGGACCUGAUCGUCGUAUGGGAUGGGGCUGGACCCUCAAAGAUACGGCAGAUGGUGAUACUGCGGUGCCCGAUAAAGGCUCUUCGGAGGCAUCUCACCAAUAG